AUGACUUCUUUUGGUGUGACGAAAGUUAGAAGAGACAGUUUUAUGCCGACGUUCAAGGUAAUUAUUUCAUACGGACCAUCUUUCGAAAAAUGCAACCUGACCAGCAAUUAUUUUGAUAUUUUCACGAAUUCUGAUCAAAUGUCAAAUUGUAUUUCUGCAUUGAAUGAAGAUGAUGCAGUCAACUAUAAAGUUGAAUUUUUGAAUUCAUUGGAACCAUCCUGUACACCGCCACAUUUCUUGAAUUUGAAGGUCAGCUCAUCAAUUAUUUUACUAAGGAAUUUAAAUGCACCAAAACUGUGCAACGGCACAAGAUUAGCUGUAAAAAGAUUGAUGCCGAAUUUAAUCAAAGGCAAAAUAUUGACUGGCAAAGCGAAGGGGGAAUUUGUACUCAUCCCACGUAUUCCUCUGAUACCAACAGACAUGCCAUUUGAAUUCAAACGAUUGCAUUCCCCGUGCGCAUAUCAUUCGCCGCAUCCAUCAAUAAGGCUCAAGGGUAAACGCUCCAAGUAUGAGGUUUGA